AUGGCGGCGACCGGUCCGGAGAGCCCGAAGGCGGUGACCUCGCCCAGGGACUCCGAGAACGCGUCCACGUCCGCGGGCAAGUGGAUCCACUACGGCGGCGUCGAGAUCCGGACGCGCCUGGGCGGCGAGAACGGCGCCUUCGACGGGCAAGAUCGCAUGCUCUCGAUGCGCGCGGACCGACACAAGGACGCCGCGUCGCGCGACCCCGACGACUUCGACGCGCUGUACUCGUGGGCGCUCGUGCUCCAAGAGCAAGCGGAGCGCGCGGAGGCGAAGGGCGCGGACGCGUCGCGGCGCUCGGACCUCCUCGCCAAGGCGUGCGCGCGCUACGACGCCGCGCAUCGCUGCCGCCCGAGGUCGCACAGCACGCUGUACAACUGGGGGAUCGCGCUGGGCGAUCGCGCGCGAAUGAGCGCGGACGCGCCGACCGCGCGACAGCUGUGGGGGGAGGCGUGCGACAAGUAUCGCGCGGCGGUCGAGUGCGACGUCGCGAAGACGCAGUCCACGCAGGCGCUGAACAAUUGGGGGCUCGCGCUGCAGCAACUCGCGACGGUGAGUCGAGAACGCGACGAGAAGAGACGACGGCUGCUCGCCGCGGUGGGGCGGUUCCGAGAGGCGAUUCGACGCGACCCGUCGUUCCACCGCGCGGUGUACAACCUCGGGACGAUCAUGUACGCGCUCUCGGAGAUGGCGCGCAGCACCGGGGGAGGUGGAGGAGGGGGGCCUGGGGGAGGGGGUCGGAGGAAGAGAAACGCGGACGCGGAUGCGGAAGACGACGACUCCGACUCCGACGCGGACGCGGACGACUCCGACGACGGCUCGGACGACGGCGGAUCCCACUCCGGCGGCGACGACGCGCACGGCGUCGGCGCGGAGUCCGCGCCGAGAACCCCCGCCGCGCUUCAGACCGCGGCGGCGACGUACAUAUGCUGCGCGCAAGCCUCCCCCGGCGCGCGGCCGGUGUACGCGUCGUCGCUAAGGCUCGUGCGACGCUGCUUGCCCGCGCCGGCGCUGCGAGCGGGGACGCUGCUGGCGUCGCCGCCGUCGCUGCCGACGGCGACGUCCGGGUGUUGGCGCGAGCGGAGGUUCGUGUUGGACCACGAGGCGUUCUGGACCGCGCCGGGCGAGGGCGGCGACGACGACGCCGACGACGACGCCGACGACGCCGACGACCGCCGCGGCCUCGGCCCGCUCGGCUCGUGGGCGUCCGUCCCGCGGCCGACCCCCGCGCGAGGCUUCGCGGACGCGGACCCGAACGACGCGACGACGACGACGACGACGACGGCCCCGGCGUCUUCCGGCGGGACGCGCUGGGGCGUCCACGUGAACAUGGAGGACGUCGUGAGCGUGCAGCCGUGCGCGGACGCGUCGCUGCCGCGUCCCGGGCACGGGUUCAGGGUCGGACUGAGAGACGGGCGUGGGCACUUCUUCGUCGCGCGCAGCGAGGCGGAGCGGGAGGGGUGGGUGGACGCGCUGACGUUGACGCGCGCGCUCGUGUGCGGCGGACGCGGGGACGCGCUCAGGAGGGAGCUCGCGAACGCGGGGAGGGCCUCCCAGUAAGGUAGUUAGACGACGAGCAUCGAGAAUUAAAAUAUUUGCCCGGUCGAGCCGGGUCAUC